AUGACGGCGGCUCUUUCUUCCAGCGUCCUCAGACUCUGGCCCACAGUUUCCAAGAGCGCCAGACGAUGUCCCCGACUGCCUAUUUCUCGACGACAGCUUUCGACGACACCCGUUGGAGUCCUGGGCAACCCUCUCAGGCGGUCCUAUAUCUAUGUUCCAAGUUCAAAUGGCCGCAUGUUGGCGAAGAGUCUCGAUAUCGGCUCAGACGUUGUGAUUUACGACCUCGAGGAUAGCGUAUCGCCUCUACCAGCAGACAAGGAGAAUGCUAGGGCCAAGUUGAAGGCCUUCCUCAGUGAAGCAGACCCCUCGCCCCUAACAGGCAGCCAGAUAGCCGUCCGAGUCAACGACAUCUCAACGCCUUUCUUCCAAGACGACAUAAAAGAAAUUCUCUCCAACAUUAAAGUCAAGGCCGUAGUCCUCCCCAAGAUCCACUGUGCAGAGGACUUGGAUAUACUCUCCGAUGCCCUACAACAGGCACCUCUUGCAGAGGCGCGAGGAGUGCCCGUCGAGAUUAUACCUAGCCUUGAGAGUGCUCGUGGAAUGUGGAACCUGCGCGAUAUCGCUUCGUGGAAAUCGAAGCACGAACCACGCCUGGGGGGAGAACUUCGGGCCUUGAUGUUCGCCUGUGAAGAUUACUGUGCGGACACGGGCAUCAUUCGAACGCCUUCACGAAGGGAACUUCUUUAUACCCGCUCUCGCAUUGUUCUAGCUGCCAAAGCGCACAAUCUAGAUGCCAUUGACAUGGUUUGUAUCCAAUACAAGGACAAGGACUACCUAACAGACGAGUGCGUCGAUGCUCGCCAGCUGGGCUUUACUGGAAAGCAAGCAAUUCACCCUAGCCAAGUCCCCAUUAUUAACUCGACAUUCGUCCCAACACCAGAAGAGAUCUUACGAGCCGCAAAGAUCCUGAAAGGGAUGAGAGAGGCACAUGCAUCUGAGAAGGGUGCCAUCGGUUUAGAAGGAGAGAUGAUUGAUGCACCCAUGUUAAAGCAGGCAGAGAAAAUCAUCGCUAUCGCUGAAUGCGCGGGUCUGCCUAUACCAGCUGUUUGA